AUGGGAUCAAAGCAAACAAAACCAGAAUCCAUAGACUAUGAAAGCAAGUUGACUGCAAUCAGUCUUAGUAUCGAUCAACAUUUGACAGCAGUUCUCAGAUCAACUGAAAUCAAAAGUUUGAAGGAAGUGCACAGAAAUGAGUAUCACAAAAACAUAGACCAAAAAGUAAAAAUAACCACUUCCAUUUCAAUAGAAAUCACCUUAUACAAACUUAAGAAAAGCCAAGGAGAUUCAGCUUAUCAAGUCCAUAUCAAUAACAUCAGAGAUUACAUUGAACAAUUGUGCAAAGAAGAUAAGUAUAAGGUGAUCAAACAACGAUGUGAGGCUUUAAUGUUAGGCAUCACUUGUGAUGAAAGUUACUCUGAAUGUUUAAAGAGAAACUGGAAGAUGAUCACCGGUGGAAUUGGAGUAGCGUUUGGUGCUGCAAUCUUGGUUAUUUUGGUGGUCUUGCACUGUAUCCCAUUUUUUAACUUUGUCCUUGGAAUUGGUGCUUUUAUUGCAACAUCUCCUCUAAUUUUUUAA